AUGGACGUCGAGGACGACGUAAAUCAGAAUGCCGUGGCAGGCCCGUCAACGAUCACUCAAGACUAUAACUCCGUGUUUCUACCACCACCAGCUGCACAUCCCCCUCCACAAACAUUCCUUGCAAGCACGCAAGACAUUCUUGGUCGCUUCAAUCUUCAUUCUGCUUACGACAAGCAUGUCCGCCCAUCCAUUCCCUCUCAGAUGCCACCGUCACACGCUUCUAUACCACCACUCACACCGGCCGCCCUUCUUCCAGACAGUGAUGACAAAAUGAAAAAGAAUUCUUACCGAUUCCUCAUAAAGAGCGUCCCGGGGAAACAUUCGAUGAAGAAAGACGACUACCUUACUACGAUGAUGCAGGUUCCACCGAAGCAACGCAUACCAAUAACGGAGUUCGAUGAACGAACACAAAGGGAAGCGUUCACUGUCAGUGCGGAAGGUCUGAAAGGGUGGAAUGCGAGUACUUUGGUUGUGGAGUCUGCACAGGCAAAGGAAGACAGGAGAAAACGUAAAGAGCUUAAAAAACUCGCACGUGCUCAGGCCCAAGGACUUGUUCCGGGAGGCAUACCCAGUGCAGCCGGCACGCUUCCCCCGCCACAAGUGGCGCCAUCAAAUACAAGUCAAGCAUCCACACAACAACCGCCUGCAGCAUCACAAUUGCCACCCAUUCAUUCAAAGCCUCAUGCUCCUGCUGUGUCAAUACCGCCUCCUGCAGCAUCAACUCGGAUAACCACACCGACAAGCGCUACACCGCGAUCAGCUGUGCAGAACAGUGCCGUGUCGCAACGAACAGAUACCGCCCUUGUCGGCAUGCGAGGCAAGAAACGUGAACUCGAGGAUGGCCCUGCGUUACCACCCAACCCGAGCGUGAAUGGUACGAGUAUGCCUAUAGGUGUGGCUGGAGUUCGUGCGGGGUCGAAUGGAGUCCGUCCAAGACCCGUAAAAAGGCCAAGGAUGGACAUUCAAGGUCAGGCAAGAGAAAUGCCGAUGCAGCAGCCCACGCCACAGGGCGCAUGA